GGUGGGGGUGGACACGGUUGGUAUUUCCUUAUCCACUUUUGUUCAGUGAAAUCUAGAUGUGUUAAGUAAUAUACCGCAAGUGGUGCCAGAGGUGAAACUUCUUAGUGCCAGCUAUCGGACACUUCCAUCCAUAAAGGAGACACAAAUGAGUUCAACAGCUCCAGCUGCAGCAUACUUUAACUAUCUGCUUGGGAAUGGUCAGCCAAGGGUGUAACUUCCCAAAAACAAAUGAUGGAGCAUGAGGGGAAGUAUUUAAAAUGUAGAAACCUGGUUGUUGUGAGCUACAAUUACUAUUGAAUACCUAAUGAUGAAAUCCCUUCUAGAAAGCAGGGUGACUUUGAGGGAGCAAAGGAGAGUAUCCAUUAAUAACCCCAUGUAUUUCUUACUAAAGGUUUGCAAGUGGUUGACAAAAGGUGGUACUGUACAGUUCUAUCUGUUGCCAACCUGUGUUGUCUUGGAAUUGCUUUUCUUGAAGUCUUGCUUCAUGGAUGCCUACGAUUACAAAUGAUCGGAAGAAAAAUAAACCAAGCCUGGUUCCUUCUCAUUUCCUAGUGGCUGCUGAAGUUUCUGGCAGGAGACUUUCCUGUUUUCCAGUUCAGUGGGGAAGGAAGCUGAAACCCAAUGUGAUUUCAGAAUAAUAAUAAGCCCAAGUGUUAACUGAAAUUUCACUGACACCUUUAUAACUUAAUACUGGUUCUUACAGCACACACUACUAACUACAAAGAAGAGGCAAGAGUAGAAGUUUUAAAAUGCAGUAUACAAAAGAAAUCAUUCAUAUGCUUCUAGUCAAAGAACCGCUUCCCCUCUAGACAAAGAGCAGAAUACUGGGCAGCCGUUCUGGCCAGGUAUAAAAGCACAACAUAAAUCAACUGAAUUGUUAGUUAGCUGAGUGGUGAUUUGCCUAGCCUAAUGACAUACUGCAAUUAAAAUGCUUGAAUAUUUAUUCAUAGCAUCACUUACCUGCACGCGGUUAUGCAGCUGAGUAUUCUGAAAGCUCUCCAUAGCUACAUCUAGAUGUGCAGUGGUUUAGCUACAAUGUGGAGGAAAAAAAAAAAGCACUUAAUUGUUCUAUACUUCAAGCUUUGCAAGGAUUAGCUCAUAAAAAGCUCACUUUGCAGCUCCUUUUACGAAAUAUAUUCUUGGCUUUAAAGACGUGUAUAUUUCAGACUUGGAAGGAUAAAUUGUUCUGUCCAUUUAUUUGCCAUUGCUUGCUGUGUCUUCAUCCUUUACUGGAGGAUCCCAGACUCCCACUAAGUCCCAGAUGAACUCUCUCAUGCAGCCAAGCCAUUUUUGUGUUGCUCCUGUGGGUAAAAGAGUUCACUUCUAAUCAGGAUUACCAGAUUUGCUUGAUAUUGAAUUUACUAUGAUUUCCAAUAACCAGGCUAAAGUAAUGUCAAUGGUUUCUGGGUUGGUUUGGCCUUUUCCUGCCUGCCUUUAUAUUAUAUUAUUUUAUGUGAAACCGCAUUUGUGGAAAUCUAAAUAUUGCAAGGCUGUGGACAACUUGCAGCUUGUACCAUUAUAGAGUGUGUCUUGGGAAUAGAAGGAAGUCACAGAGGAAUGCUUGCUGGUUUUCAGGCACCCUGAGCAACAAAUAUUUGCCUUUGAACCUCUGUUGUCUUGUUACAGUGGAGCAAAACAUGGUUCCUGGUUCUGCUGCCAUGCAUCUGAGGCUUUGAUUUCAGUGUUUUCGGCUGGAAUGGAAUGUCAUGGCACAAGUAUUUCUUGAAGAAAAAGGUGCUUGUUUUGAGAAUUUCAGCGCAGGGGGAAAAUCUAAGAUGGGCAUUUCUUCCUCCAUUGAGUUUUAAGGGCUCUGUGAGCUUAUGCUUGAUAUUUAGAGGUUUUUCUUCUUUCAAAAAAAUUGUGGUAGCAGCAGUGGUUUGUGUGCACGCUUCUGUGGUUUACUGUUGUUUCCCAUCCAGCAAUGAUAUAUGAAGGACUUGUACUAACUGAUUCUUUCCUCUUUGUUAAUCAGUUCAAUCAAUUGGCAAUAAAGCGAUGUUAAACACAAGAGACAAGUCUGAUUGCCUGAGGAGAAAUGACGGAGGGGAAAGGAACUCAAGGUGGUAGGACUGAAUCAUUGUGAUUCAGUAAGUUACUUAUUGUCUGCUGGGUGCAGAGGUUGAGUUAUUAGUCCCACCACUUGGUAGAUAAAAUGAGUUGAAUAAAUCAACUGAAGGAUUAAGUCAAACAUCUUUACCCGGCAGCAGAACCCCCCUUGUUACUCCUACUACAGCUGAAACUUGGUAGCACGUUGUGAGCCAGGUGGGAUUUUGCCUUGUAUUGUCAUAGAAUCGUGGAAUCCCCAAAGUUGGAGAAGACCUCCAAGAUUGUCCAGUCCAACCAUUCACCUACCACCAAUAUUUCCCUGUUAAACCGUGUCCCUUAAUACCACAUCUCCACGUUUCCUGAACAUCUCCAGGGACAGUGACUCCCCCACCUCCCUGGGCAGCUCCUGGCCACUCUCUGGGAGAACGUUUCCUAAUAUUACUGCAGCUGAAACUUGGUAGUGCGUUGUGAGAUGGCUGUGAGUUUGCCUGGUAUCCUACUCAGCAAGAGUAGGUAAAAUCUUCAGUGUAUCGGCAGAAGCUUAUUUUCCCCAUUUUCCAUUGUCUGAAAAUUUCCAAGUCAAGUCUCAACUACUGUACGUUAGAAAUGAUUAAUAGUAUGAGGUGAUGUGUUCUGAGGAAGUAUCUAUAGCAUUGAGUGAUCUAGAAAUAAAGCUGCAUUAUUUGGUAAUACUUAGAUGCUUGUGAUGCACCUCAUUCUGCAGGUGCUCAAUAUAUUUAGCACUCAGUUUUUGUGACUUCUGGAAAGUUGCAAUUAAGUUGAACUAUUGUAUAUUGGCAAUGUAAUAAAGAUGCUGAAGGUAAUGAUUUCAGAAUGAGUACAUUCUUAAUAUGUUUCCCUUAAAACAGUUCUUCUUUCAUCUUACUUUUUUUGCGUGGUUGGUUACUGCCAUGCUCAGGAACAUAAAUACUUGAUAAGUAAGGUGCACGGUCAACUAUGACUGCUGCUUCCAGGCUUUUUGUGCCUUCUGUGGAGUUAAGGAUAUCUAAUUCAGGAAUGAAUUCAGUGCACUCUGACACCUUCUCUUCAUUCUUCCAAAACUUUUGAGCCCAUUCUUUUGCAGCCUGAUAAAGGGCAGCAGUUUAUUAUUAUAUUUUUGCAGCAGUUCAUCCAUGUCAGUCCUGUCCAUGAUGCCAAUUUUUGUGUUUCAUUAAAGGUUAAGAUGGUUUGGCAGAAAAAAUACUCUCUUGUGUUCCAGCUUGUCCUCUGAUGUCAGAGGGGCUGGGGGCAGCUUGGCCUGGAUUCUGAGUAAUGCCCGUUUAUGAGUUGUCACGAGUAUGGAUGCACAAAUAGCAUAGUGCACCUUCAGCUUAGUCACAUUUGAGUGAACUAAUACAGCUUCCACUUAAGGAGUAUGGGCACGUUCAGCGAGGACUUUUGUGGCCAGAUUAAUGACUAGUGCUGUUUAUUGGAGCAACAGAUUGUAGAUUCUUUUUGAUUGCUGGCAAUAAAUACACUGUCUGCAGUGCCCAUGCAGGUACCGGGAAUGUGGAUAUAGAGCCAACUGCAGAUGCGUUAAAUCAUGGAACAAUUCUGUAGAGAUUUCUGAGUUUCCUGGGGAAGCACUUGGUACAGCUGAGGGUGUAAAUCUCACCCGAGAGGUGUCCCUGUGGGGCAGGGAGAGGCUCAGCCUGUCAAUUGGUCUCAGCUGUCAGUGAUGUCAUUCCAGCAUGCCUGUGGUGGGAUAUCCCCUAAAAUUCCUCCUCUUUUAAGCUGUUUUUAUACUAUUUUCUUACUUUUGGGUGGAACCUUAGUGACUCCAGUCAUACAUACUUCUGUAGUGGAAUGGGGUGAUGAUGUUAAAGCAGUAUCAGAAGAUGAAGCUGUGGUGCUGGUGAACCAUCAAGCAACGGGUGAUGUCUGCACUCUGAUGAUGUGCCUUCAGGAUAAAGGCACGGUUGUCCGUCAGAUGAUGUGGCUGAUGGAUCAUAUUUUUAAGUAUACAAACUUUGGCAUUGUCUCACUAAUCCAUGGAGACUUCUUUAUAAGACAGGGAAAAGCACACCGUGACCAGCAGCUGGUGUUACUCAAGGAGCAUCUAGAAAAAUAUUACCGGAGCCGCAAUCGGAAAUGGAUUGUUUUAUUUCCAGAGGGUGGCUUUCUUAGAAAAAGGAGGGAAACAAGCCAGGCAUUUGCCAAGAAAAACAAUUUGCCAUUUCUUCAGCAUGUCACCCUGCCAAGACUCGGGGCAACUCAAGUGAUUCUGAAAACACUUGUAGCACCGCAAGAAAAUGGAACUCCUGCAGGUGGAGAUGCUGUGAUAAAAGAGAGCAAAUCAAAAGGUCUCCAGUGGGUGAUAGAUGCAACCAUUGCGUAUCCCAAAGGUGAACCUAUAGACAUUCAAACCUGGAUUCUUGGCUACCGACAACCAACAGUUACACAUGUACACUACAGGAUUUUUCCAAUUAAAGAUGUACCUGCAGAGCCCGAAGCUCUCUCACAAUGGCUGUAUCAACGAUUCAUUGAAAAGGAGGAUCUCUUGACCCAUUUCUAUGAAACAGGAGCUUUUCCUCCACUGCAGGGCCAAACGAAAGCUGUUUCUCGGGAGAUGACCCUCAGCAAUCUGUGGCUGGUCGGCAUACAAUCACUUGCAUUUUUGUCAGGCGGUAUGUGGUACUGCAUCUUACAGUAUUUUUAUCAUUGCCUAUUUUAAAAGUGGAAUGGGACCUGAGGACACAGUGAGAAUCGAGGCUCUUGCAAAUGAGUACCAUGUUGUACGUGCAAAUGUGAGUAUACAAGAGUACAGGAGAAUACUGGACGGACUCUUACCUCUCUUUGGGGAAAUUUUAAACUCCACUGAAAGAGGAGAUCAGUAACGUAGUGACCUGACGAUGUAUUAUUUUAAGAAUUGUCUGUAUUUUUAAAAAGUGUAUUCUGUCACCCACACUUAAGCAAAUUCAGCAUUUGGACAAAAGGUGCAAUCGUACAACCACCGUAGAAGAAUGUCUGCAUCAAGAAAACUGUCACCAUAAGUAUUUCUCGGCGUCGUAGUUAGAGCUCAGAAAACUCAGCAACUUGUCUCUUCGGUAGUCUGUGCAGCAUUGGUGUGGUAGAGAUUCCUCGUUUGCACAAACGUGUGCUUUAUUGCAGCUCAUCGUGCUGGAGCCAGAGAUCUCAGCGGAGCUGAUGGCGCCAUCUUUGCCACUGCCCAGUCAGCAGUUGUCGUCUCAAACACAUUGAUCUCAAACCCAGACCCCAUCAGGGUCCUGUUCGGGUGUGUUUUGUGAGGAAUCGGUCCUUAAAAAAGCAUUGCCUCAUCACAGUGUGAUUAGAAGUUAUCCAUAUUUGAUGAACCAGCCCAUCCCUGCUGUGGUCUUACCAUCAGCUAACCGAAUUCUGUGUGCUACCUGUAGCUCAUACUAUGAGGAAACUUGGAAAAUACUAGUCACUUGAUCUGUUUUUCUCCCUUUGUUCAGAAUACAUCUAGUUGAUCAUUGUCACUUUUCUACAUGCACUUUUAAAGGCAAAAAUACAGUGAAAGAAAGACAUAGGGAGUAGGGGAAAGCUUUAUCUGCCAUGCGUUGACCAAUUGCCAGAGCAAUGCCAGCUGUUUCUGAAGGCCUGCUGGUGCUGCUGGUGAUUUUUAGCCACCUUUGUACUUUGUAUACUGCAGUCCAACCGAGGUGACCUUUGAGUGGUUUAUAGAGGCCUUUUUCUCCCCUGCUAGUUGCAACAGCACUAAAUGUACUUGUGGGAGAGUUUAAAUGAUUCAAUGCCAACCAUCUUAAUGUUUUGCUAAGAAAUAACAGAGGAAAACUAGUUUCUUAAAAAAAAAAUACUAAAAAAAAAAAGUAGGUGUAAGUGCUACCAUGAAUCUAUAUGAGGAUAUCACUGCAAAAGAGAAGAAAAAGCAAUGGUAAAUCAUCUGAGUGAUUAUAUGGAGGGCAGUAUUAAUUAGCUCACCAGCAUGCUAAAAAUCAUAAUGGAAGAAUGAGUUCAUUUUAAAGGCAAAGCAGAACCAAAGUUCAGCUCCAUUUUCAGAUGUAUAAUACGAGAUACUUUUGAAAGGGAGUCUGCGGUGUGUGUCCUGACCCUGGCUGGUCUAGUUGGCAUUGCCUUUGUGUGAUUAUACACAGAUUUGAGAGAGCUGUUCCUAAAAUAAAAUUAAUCUCUCUAAAUACGAGCAGGAGAGCCAGAACUUGAGAUGUGGCCUGCUGCCUUUUGUACAUUGAUUUUACUGAGAACCAAGUAAGCCCUCAGUGGGUUUUGGCUCUGAGUUAGUGAUACUGAUCCACCUUCUCCUGCUAUUGAAUCUGUGGGUGGCAUGCAGAAAACAUAGUCAGUUCCUUUGGAGGAGCAGGACGAGCAUACUAAAAUAUGAGGCAAGGCUGAUUUCCUCAACGUAAUUGAAAAGCCCUUUGUCAAAUUUGCCACUUCUCUCUCCCUCUAAAAUGAGUUUUAUCUUGAAGUAGCUCUGUGGGGAUGGCUGUGAAACCACAGACCAUGAAAGUUCCCCUGAUCUGUGAGUCCCUCACGGACUUACAUGUACCACUGCAGUGGGAAGGCAAAGGACAGCAUUUAUCUAGAUAGAGCCUUAAUAUUUUAUUUAAGAUGCUGUCUCUAAAUCCCACCUGAAUUCAGCCCCAUACCUGAAUGCUGGUGUAACAUAAAUCCACCUGAGAAGAGGUAUGCUCUGAAAAGGGAGUGUAACUUCUUUUCUGUUACGCUUUCUAAAUCACAGCUGAUGGAAUGAAUGUAUUUAAUCUGCCUUUUUCCAGGCAGGUUCUGGGGCAGCCCACCCCCAUCAGGUGUGAGUGGUUAGGCUGCAGCACCUGGGCACAAAUGGACGCUCAUAACUGCAAAAUGCAGGUGGUGAGCUAAUUAUUGCUGUCCUCCACAGAGUGGGUGGAUCAGAGUCACAGAGAUGCCCUUAUCUUACAGCUCUUUUAACGUGAGAUAGGACAGACUGGAGUGAUACAAAAAGGGAAGUUUCUGUAAGCAGAUUGCACAGCAGUAAUUUGCAUCAGGAGGCUGUUUGUAACAGAUCCAGUAAACUCCAUGUAAGAGCAUACUUUUUUUUUUUUUUUUUGGCAAUGCAGUACUUUUUCCAAUGGAUUGCAGCCCAUAGUGAGCGUUCACACACUGCUUGAAGAAGUUAGUAAUGCACGAUAACGUUUCAGGUAAUCCUUUGGUUUAUCUGGUCCUGUGCAUUUCCAGUUAGUUCCUUUAUAGUUCUCACUAUUGCGAGACAUCUGUUUGAAGGCACUGAUUAUUGUUUUGAUAGGUUGAGUAAAUAGGCCUUAGGCUUCUUUCCUGCCUGCUCUGGAACAUGUGAACAGAGCGUGGUGUUGUCUCUUGCUCCAGCUGAGCUGCUGUAGGUGACAGUCGAAUGAAACCGAAGAAAAUCCAAAGUACCCCCUCCCAGCAUGAACUUGGAUGCUACUUUAUGACUGAAUAAGUUUUUGUUAAGGGAAAAACACAGUGUGGGAAAUUCUGUGCUAAAAACACUGGUGGUGAAGGCUAGAGCUUGGCAGGCAAGCCUGUAAAACAUUGGAUCCCCGUGGGUUCCAGUUGCCUUCUACCUUCUGGCAUUGGCUGGAGCUACAGCUGGGGCAAGUGUGCUGCUGCAGCCAACGGUUUCCUCUUCUGAACAGUUCAACCUGCAUUUGACACGAAUGUUUAUGAACCGUGCAGUUGAUCACAAAACGGUUAAUUGCUGUGAUUUUAAAUAUGUGUUAGGAGAAAUAAUGUGGAAGGAUGUAUAAAGUGACAGCAGGAUGAAAAAAAUAAAUUGAAAGCUGUUGCACACACAAGUGAGAACAUAGCGGUUCAAGUUUGUUGUGAACAAAGACGUUUCUCUGUCGGGGUUGCACUCAACAUUUGUAAGUUUCUCUGUUUAAUUGUUCAUAAACAAGUUUCACUGGAAACGAUGCAAGUCCCGAUGGUUUAGCGUCACUGCUCGUACUGAAUUUCAUCCUAAGAAGAAUAUCUGCCCCUCCAAAAUGAGCAGCGCUUCUAUGUCAGUGCCCUUUGCGUGUACCUUCCUUACAGAUUCUCUUACACUGUACGUAUGGUUCUGUUACCACACGUUUCAGCAGUGAUGACUCUUCCAGGAGGAAUUUUUUUUUUCAGUUGCUCUCAUCAGAUUUGGAAAAGAAAGAUGGCAAUUAACCUCACUCCCCUGAAAAUUAUGAGCUUCCUUCUCCCUGUUCCACCCUGAGUCUCAAAACAGGAUGCAUCUUGCUGCAUUGAAGUGACUGCCGUGGUACUGCUCGUUACUCAUCCCUUUGUAAAUGAUGUAAUUGUUUUGGGUGUUUUGCCAUAAAGUGCUGUUAACUCUGUCAACUUUGUUUGUAUAAGUGAAUGCAGAUACACCGAUCACUGUGCGUGACAGAUUCAGCUGCUCCGCUUUGCCUUGACAUGCAGUGUUGGAACCAAAGGUACUUGGAGCUGGGGGAGGUGUGUUCUGGGACAGCAGGCUGGAGGCUGUGUGCUGCUCUGAUACAAUCACACAGCGUAAGGAUACAUCCGGGUACUGUAUCGUUUGGAAAUAACGCAGCCAUACGAAAUAAAUGGUUAUUUUGCAAAAUUGCAUACUUGAUAACUUUUACACUUCUUUUUUUUUUUUUUUAAAGAACAGUUGGAAGAGCAAAACUGAAACUGUUCUCUGACUUUAAAAGUCUGUGUGCAUUAUGAACACUUCUGAGCAAUUUCACUUUCUCUGUGCAAAAGCUGUGGACUCUGCCUGGGAUGCAGAAAGGAUUUAAAAGGAUUCUGUGUAUUUUCAAGUUAAACCUUUGAUUUAAGCAUCAGAUACUGAAGUUUAAUGAUACACUGAACAACUGUCCUCUUACAGUGAGUGAGUCCUUUUAAAGUUUCUCUACAACGGUGUUUGUUUUGUAUGGUAAAAGUUAGUUUUCUCGAUAGCAUUUAUGUUAGCGUCCAGUGUUCUCCUUCCCCCGUGUUAGCCACGCCGUGCUCUGUAUGGCAAAUGGGCGCAGUUACUCUGCAGUUGUGCAGAGGGCUGUUGUGGUUGGAUUCAUUGUACUGGAAUUAUUUCAUUGGGUUUUUUAUCGGGUAUUUCCAGCAGCCGAGAUGUCUUUCAGAACUGCAGGCAGAUACCAGAAGAAGCAUUUCUCUUCAGAGACUAUGAGGUGUCUUUUUCCCUUUUUUUUUGUGUGGCAAGAUAAAGUUGAUUUUUUUUUUUCAAGGUUAUUUCAUGUGCUUCUAAUCCUUAAUAGCAGAGAUGAUUUUGUUUGAGGGCUGUAUUUAUUGUGCUUGUAUCUAAUAGAUGCACAGUCUCUAUUGUGCUUGCCAUGAAGUCUACAAAUACUGGGGAAAAAACAGUUCACCAUGCAGCUGAGUGUUAAGUGACAGUGUUGGUUAUGGAGCUCUGGGGAGGACAAGUAGAGGAACCUCUCUGUGGCAGCAGUGGUGUAAGGGGAGGAGUGGAGCAGCAGGUUGGGGGAAGCAAUUCCUGCAGCCCUCCUCUGCUCGAGUACCUGCUGGAAACUGUGGGUGCUCCGCCUGCAGUUUCUGCACAGGGUGCUGUGUAGCAAUGAUUCCCCUCAAAGUUUCUACGAGUUCAGGGGAUGCUGGGAACAGAACCCAGGUCCCCACUGACCCCAGGUUGCUGCUACCUAAGAGAAAUGGGAGUCUGACCUUGUGAGCAAGGCCAUAGUCAUUUGGCAGAUGCACCUAUUAUCUGAACAGCACAGGCUGGUUUUAAACAGCUUCAGCUGGGCAAAGAAAUGUGCAGCAGGACAGCCCCAUCCAUUCUGCAGCUCUGGCACAGCGCUCGGUUGCCACGUGCAGCAUUACCUGUUGGCGUGCAGUGCUGCAAUGCGACCCAACAAGGAACUCCUCAGAGCACAGGAGGACGUCUUGCCAACAGCGAUGGCUGAAGCUCCAUCUACCUCUUCGUUUCCCUUCUGGGCUUUGUGCUCUUCUUUUUGUGGUGUUUUCCUGUGAGGGGUGGGGGAGCUGGGGAGGAAAAACCUGAAAUCUAAAUGAAGACACGGGUGGGAGACCCACUGCUUACCGGCUGUGUCAUUGGUCUGAGAAGCCAUUGUUGUAAAUUCAUUCCUGCCUCAUAUUAAAUGUUUGUUUAAAAAAAAAAAAAAAUCUUUCCUGCUGGGAAGAAAAAAUGUAUUUUUAAAAAGGAAAAAGUCCUUUUGGCUACGGGAGUGUCAGCUGUAUGAGUUGUGACCAUAUCAUGACAUGCUGAUCAGAUCUAAAUAAAUUUUUAUCUCUCAGGA